GCCAAUCAGUGGGCACGGCGCGCGGAGGGCGCAGCGUCGACCCUUUGUGGACGCUGAGUGGCGGUCGCACGCCCCGCCCCGCGCCGGCGGGCGCUCCUCCCUCAGCGGCGGGAAGCUGGUGGCGGCGGCGGUGGCGGCGGCUGAGCAGAGGAGCCGGCGGGCGGCCUCGCGGGUCAGGACACAAUGUUUGCACGAGGACUGAAGAGGAAAUGUGUUGGCCACGAGGAAGACGUGGAGGGAGCCCUGGCCGGCUUGAAGACCGUGUCCUCGUACAGCCUACAGCGGCAGUCGCUCCUGGACAUGUCUCUGGUGAAGCUGCAGCUUUGCCACAUGCUUGUGGAGCCCAAUCUGUGCCGCUCAGUCCUCAUUGCCAACACGGUCCGGCAGAUCCAAGAGGAGAUGACGCAGGAUGGGACGUGGCGCGCAGUGGCACCCCAGGCUGCAGGGCGGGCGCCACUCGACCGCUUGGUCUCCACGGAGAUCCUGUGCCGUGCAGCGUGGGAGCAGGAGGGGGCAUGUCCUGCCCCUGGGUUGGGAGAUGGCCACACACAGGGCCCAGUUUCUGACCUUUGCCCAGUUACCUCAGCGCAGGCACCAAGGCACCCGCAGAGCAGCGUCUGGGAGAUGGAUGGCCCUCGAGAAAACAGAGGAAGCUUUCACAAGUCACUUGAUCAGAUAUUUGAAACGCUGGAGACUAAAAACCCCAGCUGCAUGGAAGAGCUGUUCUCAGAUGUGGACAGUCCCUACUACGACCUGGACACAGUACUGACAGGCAUGAUGGGGGGCGCCAGGCCAGGCCCCUGUGAAGGGCUCGAGGGCUUGGCUCCAGCCACCCCGGGCCCUAGCGCCAGCUGCAAGUCUGACCUGGGCGAGCUGGACCAUGUAGUGGAGAUCCUGGUGGAGACCUGAGCAGGAUCCCUGAGCGCUCACAGCCGCCUCUGACGCAUGGACACGUGAGCACUGGCUCCCACGGAGGGUGCGCCUGCCGCCAGCGGCCCAGCCUUGCUGCCCUGUCUGCUGAUUCUGAGAAAUCCCAGAACAGCCCAUUACCAGUGGGGUCUGCAGCCCCAGGCCCAUCCCACUUACUUCCCCCCUGUGGAGGGUCAGGCAGAGGCUGUUCUGGAAGGCUUCUGUCUCUGGGCCAGUUCUCAUGUCCCCACAGCCCUGGGACUUUUGUGUCUCUUUGUGUCCCCCACUGUAGAGGACGGCAGGCCACAGCUGCAUCAACCUCCUUUACAUUUAGAUAGGUGAAUUUUUACAAUUCAGUUUUAUAUGUUUUGGGCAGUAUUUUGUCUUAAGAUAUAUUUUUUAAACUUUUUAUACCUUAUCUCUUUAGAUUUUUUCAGCUAUUUUCUUAAAAGUAUAUUUUUUCUAUAAACAUCCUUUGCUGCUACAUUAGAACUUUUAUAGCCUAAACAAUUGCAGUUGGUGUGUUUCGUUUUUUUAAGGUUUAAAUAAGGGCUUUUUUUUUUUUUUUUUUUCGCAGUGAGCAUCACUACAGUCUGAGUCAACAGUGUGAAUGUAUCAUGUUUUACUUUAAGUGUGUGUGUGAUGAUACUUCACUAUGUUCUGUGCUACAGGGAGACCUGGGUGAAAAGCAAGAACCGCACACAGCUACACUUUUUUUUGUCGUUAGAAAAUCUGUGGGAGCCACAUCUUCCUAGACUUAAGUGUAAAUUAUGGAGGAUUUUAUUUAUGUCUAUUUAUAUGUAAAUGUCAUUGAAGACAAAGGUCAAAUAUUUGUCUGUUUGGAGAUCACGGGCACCAGUUGGUCUUCAGGGACCUCAGAACCCCUCAGUGGUGCCUUCUUAAGGCAGUGUUUCUGGAGGCUCCCGUCAGGGUCAGCCCAGGCACCCGCCCUGGGUGAGGAAACAGCAUUGCUGCUGGAUGAGAAAUGCCUGCACUGCUCUGUUAGAUUGGUGCUGAAACAAAAGGUUAAGGCUAGGUUGAAGUCUAGAAUGAAAGAGAUCUGAAUCCUUGUUGUCAUUCAUGGCACCUUGAUCUGUAGGGCCAUGGGUGCUGCCGCAGGCAGGGAGUGAGCUGGGGGUGCCUGCGGCCUUCCGCUCCUGCCCCGCCUCACCCCACAGGCUCCCUGUUUCUCAUGCUUUCUCUAACUUCUUUACCCCUUAGCCAAAAAGGUGUGUUUUCUUUUGUGCAUAUAGCCAUUCUUAAAUAUCAGUGAUGUAAACCUUACUUUAUUAAAAAAUUAUCCAGCAAACAAAA